AACUAACCGCCUUUUUACUUGUAGUUUUAUAUGUCGGGCUAUUCGGAAUCGUAAUCGGGUAUCGCGACGUGAACGCGAAUUAUAAGAUUUGGAAUAUAGGAUGUUCAAUUCAUUUAUGUUAAAAUCACAUCGGUAGAAAAUAAUUUUAUUUGUGUAGUGUUUUAGCCUGAGAAAGGUAAGAAUGAUUCAACAUUCUGCAUAUGUGUCCAUACAAUCUUAGAUUGGCCUAGCUAAGUUCUGCAAAGAUAGAAUUUAUUCUACAUUUAACGUGGUUAAAGGGGAACAGUUGUUAGCAGCAAACUUUUUAUAGUCUAUACAAAGUUCACAUUCUUUGAAAAAUAUGAAGACUAUGGCAUUUUUGAAAAGUAAAUUUAAAGAACCAAUUAAUAAUACAAGAAGCAUCUGGUUUGAAAACAUCUCUAGUAUUUCGGAUACUUUUGAAGAGUUAGAUUUCAUACUUCAUUGUGUUCAGAACAAUUUAAUUACAAUCAAAUCAAAAGGCAAUGAAAAAACUGAUGAGAAUGCAGUUAAUGAAGACAAAAAUCAUGAUGAAGUGUUCAAGCUUCCCGUUGUAGGAGAGAAGAAGAAGCGAGGCAGACCUAUCAAACAAUCUACCGCUAGUGUAACAAGGGACUCUGAUAGUGGCUUACUUGAUGAUUCUGUUUCCUCCAGCACGUCCUCUAAAAGCCGAAGAGCUGCAGCUCAGGCUGCAGGGCAGAAGUUAGCUCAGGUGCAGAGCUUUAUGAAAGCAACAAAACUAAGAAGACCGACAGACUUCGAUGACAAACAAGCAAAAUGCAGAAAAACUCGCCAGAAGCAAUCUGCAGGUAGUUCAAGAGAAGGAGGAGAUGACCAAAUGCAAAAUGAUAAUCUGAUGAUAGAUGAACAAGUAGUCAAUGGGUAUAAUGUACAAGUUUGUGAAGUGGUAUUAGAACGAAUAAACACACCCACAAUAAAAUUGUUUACAAAGAACAGAGCUGAGAGUAGUAGUAGUAGCUCGAGAGAAGAUGAGGACGAACCAGUACAAACUGAAGCUUUGGUUAAUGGUGAGAAAGUAGUAAAUGAUCACGAACUACAAAACUGUAAAGUUACUUUAGAACGAAUAAGUACCCCCAGAGUGAAAUCGUUAACACGAAACAGAGGGAAAAGUAAGUCCUUGGAACGUACCUCAAGGAAAAGAACUAGUGCAGACUUGUUCAAUGAUAGUGCUCCACUUCUUGAGGCUAACAAUAAAUUGGAAAGUAAAACACCUAGUCCUUCUGUGAAAAGUAAAAAAAAUAAGAAUCAAGUGGAGAAAGGCAUUGAUACAGUCAAUGGAAAUAAUGAACAGCGUCGAACAAAGAGAUUCAAAAGUAGCACUAGUUCUAAUGACAAUCCAGUAGAACAAGAAGGUUUACCAAUAGCACAUAGUUCUCCACUUUUAUGUCAGUCGCCAACAACAGAUGUGGUUUUCAAUGGUUUUGAUUCGAAGUUGGAAAAUAAUCCUACAAUCAAGUGUAGUACUUUUGUUAAACAAGAAAUUGAUGAAUCUGAAAAUCCAGACAGUCAAACAAAAGUGAAAAAGGAAACGGACGAAAUUUCAGUCAUCAUAAAUACAAAAACUAAAAAAUCAAGAAAUAAGUUAUUGAAAAAGAAAGAAAAUCAGUUAAAAACUGAAGAAAAAGAAAAUAUUAAUCGCAAUAAUAUUACCUUGACUCUUAGUGAUGAAUUAAAUGAAGAAUCUAGCGAAGAAACUACUAACACAAAAUCAAGGACGAGAGUACUGAGGAAAAAAGAUCAGACUGAGGGUAAAGACGAAGAAGACAGAAACAACAGGAACAAUAAAAAUAAAACAACUACAAUUGUCCAACAGCAAGAUGAGUCUCCGAAUGUACGUUCUAGGACUAGAGUUAUAAAAAAAGCUGAUGAAGGCACUACCCAAAUAAUAAAUAGUGAUGAUAACAAUGUGAUCGAACUUGUAAUUGAUGAUAGCCCUGAAAUGAAUAUACGUUCAAGGACUAAAACUUUAAAGAAAAAAACUGGUGAUAGUCCUGAAGCAGAAAGCAAUACUAGGUCUAGAACAAGAACAAUUAAAAAAGUACCACAGACUGAUAAUAUUGAGGAAAAUAAUGCAAAAUAUCUGGCAUCACAGUUUAAAGAACCAUUAGAAGAUGCAAACAGACAAAACAAAAGAUUAGUACCAGAACCACCACCUAGAUCACCAGCUCCUAAAGGAGAACUAGUAAAGAAACGGGUUGAGGAUUUUGAGAAAAUGAAGAAUGGGGAAAUAAUUGAUGAAGAGCAACCAAGUAGAGUGACGAGGAAUGCUGCCAAAAAUAAACCUGCGCCUUCUGUGAGUUCCGAGCCUAAACUAACACGAAGGAAACGUCAGUUGUCUGUUAGUUGUGUCAAGACUGGAAUAAGAAUGUCCAUUAGGUCUACUAAAGCAAAAAGAAAUAAAAGGGAAGAGAAUCUGAGCCAAUCUAAUGUUCCACUCACAAAACUAUUGGGCAGUGCCAGUAAGCAGCAGAAGACACCCAUUUCCACUCCUGGAUUUGAUUCUGUUUCAAGAAUGCAAGUAGUUAAUAAAUUUCCUCAUGGGACAAAUCGUAUGACGCCAGCAGACAAUAAUAAAGCCUUGGUGCAUAAACAAUCAGCAGAGGAAGCUGAAAAGAAGAGAAAAGAAGAAGAUCAUACGAAACGUCAGGCAAAAGAAGAAGAUGCCAAAAAGAAGAAGGAAAAAACUCUGAAAGCCACUGCUGAAGAGACAAGAAGGAAAAGAGAAGAGAAACUCCAGAAAGCUGCUGAGGCGAGAGCAGCUGCAGAGAGAGAGAAAGCUUUGUUGGCUGUCAAAUUAGAGAAAGAAAAGGAGGAUAAAAUGAGGCUCAUUGCAGCUGAAAAAGAAAAACAGAAAGAAGAACAGCUUAAGAAAAAACUCUUGAUGCAGCAGAAAACAUUGGAAUAUGAAGAAAGACGGAGACAAGAAGAAGCAGCUCGUUUGGCCAAAAUCAAAGAACAGGAGGAGGAGCACCGGCGAAUUCUAGCGAUGAAGGAGAGGGAGCAAGAACUGCUCCAAAAACAGCAGAAAGCUGCAGAACUGAGGUUAGCUGAAACCGAGAAAGCAAAACAGCAAGGAAACAGUAAACUUGGAAAAAUUGCUGCAGUCAAUAAUGCAAAAAUGAAACUACAGCUUGGAAUGACUCCUUCGGAAAAGACCAACAAUGUUCCAACUCAAAGCUACGAGAUAACUCCUGCACGUGAAGAUAGACCCCUGCUCAAGCCCAAGACUGAGGAUGAUUAUGGACUAGAUGAUGCUCACAGCGAUGACUCUAGCGAUGAGGAGACCUGUCCAAAGAAGGAGAUUCCUCGAUGGGCACUUCCUAAAAAUCGUGAGCGCCUGAUCAAGACGACAAAAUACAUUCCCUCCUCUUUAUGGGUUCAAUUCAUGGUACCCAACGUAAAUCCUGAUCUGAGUAAAAUGUUUGCCGGUACUCAGAUUAAAAAGAGAAUCAGAACAUCCAGUGCUGUAUGGAGGACCCCACCAAGAUGUUCUCAUUUCCAAAAAUAGAUUUUUCAUUUGUUUUUAUUGGUCUUAUGUUAAUGUGGAGAUAAUUUUUCUCUCCUAACACUUCUUACAUUGUGAUUGAUCAUAAUAAUAGUAUUUUGUAAGAAUAAUUAUUUAUUACUGUCAAUUUGUGCACUGUAGUAAAUACACUUGUUUUUAGUAAUAACUAAAAUAGAUUUUAUUCAAUAUGACCUUAGAAAUGAUUUUUAUUUGUAUUAAUAAUGUUUUAGGGAUUCGAUUAGGAGGUCUUUGAUGUAAUAUAUUGUUUUCAUAUUUAUGUUAUGUCUUCUGUGUAAGAGACAGUUAAUAAAAAUACUUCAAGUAUAUCUAUAAACAUAUUUUGAUUUUCAUCGUAUUUGUUCUAUUGCACUUGUAUAUUGUUUGUAGAUAAAUUUAUAAAAGAAUAAAAGGUAUAUUGCUGGCUAUUAGAAAGUAAAACAAAUUAGUUUUUUAUUACCUCAGAAAACAUUUCAUUUUUGUAAGGCUUGUUAAGAAAUAAGGUAAUUUAACAUUACAAACAACAAACUUCUAAAUAAAACAUAUCAUGUAAAAGGUGAUAUUAACCAUAUGAAUUUUAGUUUUAAAGUAUUGUUAGAGUUUUAAAAAUAAAAUAAAAUUGAGAAAAAUGCUGUUAAAUUUAAUUUUAUGCACAGAUUUAUGCAGCGUAUCUUUAAUAUAGCCAUUUUGUUGUACUUUGAAUUAUUCGUUACAUGUAUUGUGCAACAUUAAAAUAUGAAAUUAAUUUAAUGUUGCAGUUUGUUUAUUAAAGUUAGCAAUGAAUUGAUAACUAUAUUCUUAUUAAGUUAAUAAUUUGUUUUAAUUUUAGUGUUUGGAAAUUAGGUAGGUAUUUUCUUAUACAAAAUAUAUUUAUUCAUAGAAUUAGUGUGAAUAUUUUUCUCUCAAAAUUAAAGUUACAAUUUAUGGUAGUAAAAUCUUGAAAAUAGUUAUUGUAAAUAAAGUCCGGUGUUAUGAUUUGAAGAAUAAAAUAGAUUUGUUAUUAUUGUAAUUCAGAGUUUUGUUUGGCAACAUCAAUCACUUAAGUGUUUUUAUAAAUAUAAGGGAUUGCAGGUCAGAUUUUCUCUUGAAACUGUAAACUUGUAUAUAGUUAAGCAAUACUAUUCUUUUACAAUGUGUUCUCUCGUAUAAAAUCAUGUUUCCCAUUUUUACCCAAAUAUAAUAAAUAACUUGUU